CGCAGCCGGUGCACGGUGCAGCACGUGAAACGUCAUUGUUAUAUCUGUUCGCGUUACCUAGUUUCUGUCGCAACCAUGUUACUUGUAUAAAUUCCAAAAUGCCUCUCUAGCAUUCUCCCCCCACCUUUUACGAACCAUGACAAUGAUGAAGCACGUACGAUUCGCCAAGACCAACACCAUCCAUCACCUCUCCAAAUCCAUUUCUUCUCGUCCUCUGCCCGACGAACUCUUACGCGUCUCGACGACGCCCCAUCGCAGGUCUCGCACUUCCUCCCAGGCGGAGCAUCCCUAUGCCCUCUACAAACCCACCAACGUCUUACACCCACAUCUCCCCAUCCGACUCCACUUUCUCCUCGCCUUCUCACCCUACAAGACCCCUGCCAUCCACUAUGACCUCUCUCUCCCCUUUUCCAUCAUCCAACAAUCUCCCUCCAACAGCAUUCUCACAGAGCCCGCCACAGAACCCCCAGUCUCAUCACUCACCAUCACUUCUCCCAUCCUCAAAUGGUCCAUCACCGUCACCCCCCCUCCCUCCCUCCUCCCCCGCCAAUCACCCAUCCCCUACGUGACCGUGCUCGACGUUCUCAUGGCCUUGAUGAGAGACAUGAACAUCCCCGUCACCUCAUCAGAAUACCAAACUCUUCCUUCUCACGACGCAACCGCGAAAGUGAACGAAGCUUACUUUCAACGCUGUAGAAACAUCGCAGACUCUGCUUCUCGUACAGUAGAAGAGGCCCGUGGUGUCAAGCGCGUGGAUUUCUUGAUGGGUUGUAAUAAGUUUUUGGGACUCUCUUCGAGAACUUCUUCGAGAACUGGAGAGAUGAUUUGGGAGCUGAAUGUGGCUUAGCCGCCCCUCCCCGCUGUUCUCGUCAUUGACAUUUUUCAUUUUCCCUCUUUUUCAUUGCAUCGCAUCGCAUCAUCCCCAUCCUCAUCCCUAACUGCAUUCCAAACAAGUAUAAUUCCCUAAUCUCCCUGCUUUGACUUUCGCUCUUUUGGGUUUAAGAAAACCAUUGAAAAAAUCUGUACUUUAUCUGUAUUUAUGUUUUUAUGAAACGACCUGUACCAUUUUACUAAAGACAAGUUAGAUAUAUAUAUACAUAUAUGAAAUGUGCAUUUUGGUUAGAUACAUAUGAACAUAUGCUUUCUAAAUUUCGUGCGCGCG